CAAUUUGUGAGUCGUAUUGGACUUGUGGUUCAAGGAAGACCGUUUUUUUUGCGUGCUGUAUCAAAAGAACCCAGAAGUACUCAUUACAGUUUUAACUUGUUUUUCUUUCUUCAAAAUGUCGAGCACCUCUCAAAAGCAUAAAAAUUUCGUGGCGGAACCGAUGGGCCAGAAACCAGUGACGGAUCUCGCCGGUGUGGGUGACGUCCUCGGGCAGCGACUAAACGCUGCCGGAUAUGGCCAGGCUUCCGCCGUGCUGGGCCAAUUUUUGGUGAUGAAAAGGGACCCCGUGCCUUUCAACAAUUGGAUGAAGAAUACUACCGGGGCAAACUCGAAGCAAUCUGCCGAUUGUUAUCAAUGUUUGAAUAACUGGUGCGAGGAAUUUUUGUAAAAACCGGAAUAGCGCAGUGGUUGUGGGCAGACGGAUACCAGAGUGUAGUUAGUCCGGAUUUUAUGGAGAUUUCAAACGAAAUAAAAAUAUAACACAACUGA